GCCAUUACGUUGCGCACAUCAGUGGAGUAAAUCCUACUAUUUUUGCGUACAAUACGCACAAUUACCUCCGCUAAAGAGGAAUUCCUGCAAUUAUGGCCUCGGUGGCGAAAAAGAGAAAAAUGAAUUUCUCGGAGAGAGAGGUGGAAAUUAUUGUAGAAGAAAUAGAGAAACAAAAGCACACACUGGUUAACCACUUCAAUGCUGGAGUCACACACAUGGCAAAGAAUAACGCGUGGGUGGACAUCCUGAAAAAGGUCAACGCUGUCACCACCUGUCCCAGAGAGUUACCCGAGGUGAAGAAGAAGUGGUCCGACAUGAAGACGGAGGUCCGUCGGAAGGUGGCCCAGGCGCGGGCUGCCAUAGAGGGGACCUCCGCUGACUGCACUCCAGUUCCCGUCAUCCUCACCGCUAUGCAGCAGCGGAUCUGUAACCUCCUGGGGGAGGCCACCAUCAUCAGCUUACCUGCGGGAGACUCGGAUGCUGAGAUCACUCUACCUGUGACGGUGAACACCGCCGCCACCGUCACACUGGCAGAGACUCUUCCAGCCGGCUCAGCGACCGUCUGUGAUGAAGCCAAGCCACUGAACGCUGAAACCACGUACCACACCCUGGAGGAUGGAGGCGUGGUGGAGUACUGCACCACCACCGUCGGUGAUUCCACUCCCACUGUGGUGGCGGCCGUCGAGGCUCCAGUCGAGAUGCUGGCCUCGUCCUCAGCUUCCCCGCCUCCUCCUCAGGGUCAGGCCAAACCUCAGGAGCUGAAGAGCCGCAUCGCCCUCAACUCCGCCCGCCUGCUGCAGGAGCAGAGAGUCACCAACGUCCACAUCCGGCAGAUCGCCCAGCACCUGGAGGGCCAGAACGAGCUGCUGCACAUGAUGCGGCGCUCCCAGGAGGCUCAGGCGUUCGCUCAGGAGAGACAAGCCCAGGCCCUGGAGGGUACGCAGGCCGCCCUGCUGGCAUUAGUGCAGAUGCUCAGACCGGCUCUAAAAGACCUGCGUAAAUUCCUGCAGAGUGGGACAGAGGUGGUGAACCCCAGCAGCUCAGCAGCAGCAGGAAUGACUGAUGGGUCAGGAACAGAGGAGCACAGCAGGCCCAGAACACCACCAGCUCCUCCAACGCAGGCCGAGGAGACGCAAUAGACACUGUGUGUGUGUGUGUGUGUGUGUGUGUGUGUGUGUGUGUGUGUGUGUGUGUGUGUGUGUGUGUGUGUGUGUGGUGCUGCCACCUGUCCCUGCACACAGGCUUCAGAGAACAGGGUUGCCUUAGGGAGAGAUGUACAGAAUUUUACUGAUGUUUUAAGUCACAGACUCAAUGAAGAGUUGAUGUGGAGAAGAUUAUUUUUACUUUUUACAGCCUGUCAUCAACUGAUAGCAGCUUUGUGUUUGCACAUUUGAUACUGAGAUGAUGUUUUUGGUGCAGAGAUGCAGACGGUCUGCACCCUGAUGUGAGCUCAACAUUAAAUAUCUUCAAGUCAUUGUGCAGAAAACUCUAAAUGAAAAGAGAUCAGUGUUGUUUUUA